GUCGUGAGAGGUGAACCGAAAGCUACCGCUUGCGAUUAUAUCGCGCUUCGAGGAUCAGGAUCGUAAUCGAACCCCCUUUUUUGCGCGCUCGCGGAAAAUAUUUAGUGCGCUUUUUACUGGACUUAGUGCGAUUAAAUGGAUUGGAACUUGUCAUAGUUUUUCUUUUCUGGAAGUCCAUUAUAAUGAUUUUGGCAAUCCGCGGGAAGGAAUUUUAUUACUAACAGAAGCAUGGGUUUGGCGCUGGGCGAGCUGUUACAAAUGAGCGAGGCACCGCAUUGUCAUAAAUUACCGGGCCUAAGUGCCGGACAAGGAAGGAUUUGUCAACUCUAUCAAGAUCAUAUGUUAGCCGUUGCAAGUGGAGCACACCAGGCGCUACUCGAAUGUAGGCAUCAGUUUCAACAUCGGCGAUGGAAUUGUUCUGUUUUAGAUGAGCUUAAUGUUUUUGGACCUGUGACCAGUAUACCAAGUAGAGAAACGGCAUUUACGCAUGCGCUAGCCGCUGCCGGUGUUACCUACGCCGUUUCCAGAGCCUGCCGAGAUGGACAUCUUUCCUCGUGCGGAUGCUCUCGAAUGGGAAGGCCAAAAACUUUAAAGAAAGACUGGAUUUGGGGAGGCUGCGGCGACAACCUCGAAUAUGGGUACAAGUUUACGCAAGGAUUCAUAGACGUAAGGGAAAGGGAACGAAAAUUUAAGAAAGGAUCACGAAGGCAAGGACAGUCGCUGAUGAAUCUUCACAAUAACGAAGCUGGAAGACGAGCGGUGAUAAAAACGUCGAGAGUCACCUGUAAGUGCCAUGGGGUGUCCGGUUCCUGCUCGCUCAUUACGUGCUGGCAGCAAUUAUCAAAUUUUAGAGAAAUUGGUGAUUACAUACGCGACAAGUACGAUGGAGCAACCGAGGUUCGCGUGACCAAGCACGGACGUCUCAAGCUGCGAAACUCAAAAUUUCGACUUCCCACAGCGAACGACCUGGUCUAUCUCGAGGAAUCGCCAAAUUACUGCCUUCGAAACGUUUCGAUCGGCUCCCUGGGAACGCAGGGACGUACAUGUAAUCGCACCUCAAUCGACUUGGACGGUUGUAACCUGCUGUGCUGUGGUAGAGGUUACAAUACCUUAAAAAGUACAAUAAAGGAACGUUGCCAGUGUAAAUUUAAGUGGUGUUGUGAGGUUGAAUGUAAAACUUGUAUAAAAUCCGUGGAACUCCAUACGUGUAAGUGAACACGCCAAGGUACCUGUGUAAAACCACCAUAAUUUUUGCCAGAAAUGUAUAAACAUAUUCUUUCUCUUGAUCUAGUCUGAAACUCCUUUUGUCCAUGACUUCUUCCGCCGAAGAAAUUUUUUUGAGCAGUAUUGUAAACUAUGACGAAGAUAUUUAUUUUAAUUAUUUAUUUUUUUAUUUGUUUUUUUAGUUUUUCGUUCGUGCACUUACUGCACAUACUUCAGUAUUGUAGUUGAGUAUUGUGCUAGAGCUAGAUGUAGUAACUAAUAACAUUUUUUAUAAACUUUUGUACAGUACAAGAUGUAUGUAGCGAAAUCGAUAGUAGUAAAUAGAAUAAAAACAUAUUCCGACAGUCCGAAAUGUAAAUCGUCGGAUGAUGGCUAAUAGGAGGGAAACUGUAAAUUUUACAAUUUCUCUUUUAAUAGUUAAUAGCAAUAACUUCCACCCACAAUUCUGGGUUAGAUCUACAAAUCUAAAAAAAAUAUUUUUUUCAGAAACAG